AUGCCGCAGGGACACUCCCUGCCCGCAGUCCAAAGUCUGGGGCCGCCGGGGGGGCCGCGAGGCGCUUCCCCCGCCCGGGAGCCGCGCUGGGGCGAGGCCGCCCUGCUCGGCCGCUCCCUCCCGCCCGCCGCCACGCUCCAGCGGGCAGGGACAAAGGGGCAAGAGCCGUCGCAGGAGCGCGGGGCCAGUCUUGGGGGAAGCGCGGCCGGGGCGGCGAGCGCGGGGCUGUGCCGGCCGGUCCCGCUGUGCCUGCGGGCGGCGGAGGGCGGCAGGGCGCUGCGGAAUCCCCGGCGGCCGCAGGGAGCCGCCCCGGCCGGCUCGCUGCCCCCGGGCCCCAAGGGCCGGUCCCGGUGCCCGCGGGGUCAGCGCAGGGAGCGGUGCCGCCACCACCUCCCCACACGCGCUGCCGCCGUCCGGCCGCGAGGGGGCGCCCGCAGCCGCCGGAGGGGCGGGGCAGGGGCGGGGCCGCCGCGCGCGUUGCGUCACGGCCCACGCGCCGCUCCCGUCGCCGCCAUGAUGCUCCGCCGGCUGCCCCGCGCCCCGGCCCCACCGCCCCUCCCGCGCUCCCUCCCUCAGCCCGCCGCCGCCGCCGCCCGCUCCGUGGCCACUGCAGUGCCCCUGGCCCAUGUGGAGGUGGAGGGCCGCAGGGAUCGGCCACCCCUUGUCCUGCUACAUGGGCUCUUUGGCAGCCACAGCAACUUCCAGACGGUGGCCAAGACACUGGUGCGCCGUGGUAGCGGCAAGGUGCUGACGGUGGACGCCCGGAACCACGGCAGCAGCCCCCACAGCCCCGUGAUGACGUAUGAAGCGAUGAGCCUGGAUGUGCAGCACCUCCUGAGCCGCCUGGGCAUCACCAAGUGCAUCCUCGUGGGGCACAGCAUGGGGGGCAAGACGGCCAUGACACUGGCCUUGCAGCAGCCGGACCUGGUGGAGCGCCUCAUCUCUGUAGACAUUGGUCCUGGCUCAACGGCCCCCGUGUCUGAAUUCUCUGCCUACAUCUCGGCCAUGAAGGAGGUGAAGGUCCCGGUGGGGCUGAGCCGCUCGGCAGCACGCCAGCUGGCAGAUGACCAGCUGCAGCCUGUGGUCAAGCUCCCACAGCUGAGACAGUUCCUCCUCACCAACCUGGUGGAGGUGGAGGGCCGCUAUGUGUGGCGGGUGAACCUGGAGGCUAUUUCCCGGCAUCUGGCAGAUAUCAUGAACUUCCCCAUCUUCCACAAGCCGUAUCCUGGUCCUGCACUGUUCUUGGGAGGGUCUGACUCGCCCUAUAUCAGCUCCAGAGACUACCCAGAGAUCCAACGCCUCUUCCCCAAGGCAGAGAUCCAGUACAUUAAAGGUGCAGGCCACAUAGUCCAUCAGGAUAAAUUUGAAGAAUUCAUCACUGCUGUCCUCAAUUUCCUGCCACAGCUGUAGCACUGGGGACCAGGGUUUCUCUAAAGCCCAUGUGGGUCCUGAGGAGCUCUGGGCAGUGACGCAGGGCUCGGGCUCUGAGGAUGGGCUCAGCUGGGACUGGCUGCCCUCACUGCAGUCUGAUCCUGCCUGCAAGACCUUUUCCCAUCCUGGUUCUCCUGCAGUCAGAGCAGAGAGGCACCUGCAUCCUGCUGAGAUCUCCUGCCACCUCGCAGGGACACGGGGUGGCACUGGCUCAGGACACUGUCCUGCCUGCAUGGUGGUGUCAGGCACAUGGAGAGGGCAGAGAGCCCUCUUUUUUUCCUGCUGCCAGACCCUCCCAAGGAUCUGGCUGUGACUUUGCAGAAUGUGCAAUAAAGCUGA